AUGAGUCGUAACAUAAAAAGGACCCCGUUUUCGAUAUUCACCCAAAAACCUAAUAAAAGAAAACGAAAAGCCGAUGAGGAUAUUUUCAUGUGCGAUGAAGUAAUAGUUCUUGACGACGACGAUGAUGAUGAUCCAGUGAUAAUAACUGAGAGCAUAAACAAAAAAACUCCCAACGAAGUACCUAAGCCCUCGAACACUUCUUACAGCAAUAGCAGUGCGAGUCACAAGAAACCUAGCAAUGGUGGUUAUUUUAAUUACAAUUUCACCAAUACCACUCGGGACAGAGGAACUGCGAGUAGUAUGUCCAGAUCUUCAAGCAGUCCUUUCAACUAUGGAGCCACCAAUAACAAUAAAAGCUUCGAGCAUUAUUACAACUUGAAAUUGAACGGCUAUAAGUCAAGCUCCAGUGCGACUAAACCAAUCCCGAGUUUCUACAACUUUACUAACAAAUUUAAUUUCGACGGAUAUUAUACCUUCAACCAUAACAGCAGUAACAGUAGUAGUUUAAAUAAUAAUAAUAAUAAUAAUAACAACAAUAGUAAUAGUAAUAGUAAACAAACAGAUUAUGGAGACGAUAUGCCUACCAUAGACCUGAAUGAUGAUGACGACGAGGUAGAUUUAGAUGGUAUAGAGAUUGAUGAAAAUUUCAUCAACGAGAUGGAUGGCUUGUUCAAUUUUGAUAGCAGGAGUUCCAAGUCCACGGAAAAAAACCUUUAUAGCAAUUCAGGCAAUGAGCCUGAUUUCAAUGGUUUUCAUUUGAUAAAUGUUGAGAAUGACAGUAAAGAAACUCGCGAGGUUCCCGAGUCUCCUGAGAAGUCCAACGAAAGCGACAAUAAAAUAACUAUUAAAAGCGUUAAUGAGAUUAAUGAGUUUUCGGACUUGACUGUACAAACAAGCGACUGUGGUGCUACUGAUUUAAGCACUAAACAGGGUCUCAAUGACAAUAAUAAUACCGAAAAUAGUACUGAUAGUUUUGUUAGUAAAAAUGAUAAUCAAAAUAAUAAAGCUGGCAAAUACUGCCCGAAAAAUCCAACGUGUCAUAGUAAUCGAGCAGCAUGUUACAUGAUGUUGUCUCGGUUUGAGCUGGCUUUAGUUGAUGCUAAAUCAUCGGUAUCUCUUGAUCCACAAUUUACUAAGGGAUAUGUACGCCUAGCCAAGUGUGCAAUCAUGGUUGGAAAUUUAAUAGAGGCUAAAACUGCGUUGACUAAAUUGAAAGAAUUGGAUCCUACGAAUACAGUUGUUUUGACUGAGCAAAAGAAGUUCGAUCAACUGUCGGAGUUUUUAAAAAAAGCUGAAGAUGCUUACAAGAGAAAGAAUUACAGUGAGGCAUUAGUAAAUAUACAAAAAUGCUCGGAGAUUAGUCCACACUGCACUGAUUUUAAACUGAAGAAAGGAGAUUAUUUAAUAUUUUUAGAAAAGUUCAAUGAAGCUGAAGCUGUAGCCAAUGAAAUACUGCUUUCGGAUAGAUUGAACAUAGAAGCCAAAUACAUAAAUGCGUAUUGUUUGUAUCAGAAAAAUGCCGAUUUAGGAAUAGAAAAAUUUAGGGAAAUUCUUCGCUUAGUACCUGAUCAUCCACAAGCUCAAAAAAUUUACAAACACGCUAAGAAGGUUAAUAGUAAGAAGAAAGAUGGAAAUUUAGCUUUCAAUAAUAAGCUUUACUUUGCUGCUCAUACUAUUUAUUCCGAGGCGAUAGCUAUGAACCCUUUGAGCCGUGAAGUUAGGAUGCAUUUAUAUAAUAAUUUAUCCCAGUCGUCGUAUAGGUUACGUCAAAUUGAUAGAGCAAUCAAUGAAGCUACGCAAGCUUUAAGUAUUGAUCCAAAUUACAUUAAAGCGUUAAUGAGAAGAGCACAGUGUUAUAUCGAGAAAAGAGAAUAUGAUGAUGCUGUGUACGAUUUAACAAAAGCGAAUUCUCUAGACAGUAGUAUGGAAUGUCGUUGUAUGUUAGAAUUGGCUAAAAGAUUUUUAGCAGCAACCGAACAAGAUUAUUACGGAAUUCUUGGCAUCCCGAGAAAUGCCAGCAUAGAAGAAAUUAAAAAGGCCUACAGGCAGUUGGCACGUCAAUAUCAUCCAGAUAUGUUCGGAAGUUUCUUUGGUGGAUUUGGACACAGGUGUUUCGACCAAGAUGAAUUUGAGGAUUAUAUCAUCUCCCGGUACGGCGAAUGUACAUGUUCUCCAAGAAGAAAAUUCAAGAAAACAAGAAACCGUCCGGCGAGUAAUGGCGCAGGUGCCAGUGGAACUAACUCUCCAGCAGAUUGUGAAGAAAAAGUCUUUUCAGCCACCGACAAGCAUCAGCAGGAAAAAGAAGUGAUGGUGUGCUUCAACUGCGGAUUGCGUUGGCAUAAAAUGAAUCGGUGUCCCGCUGAAGGUAAAGUUUGCUUGAAAUGCGGUGAAAAGAACCAUUUUGCUCGAGUUUGCAGAACUAAUGGUGAAAAAACACCACUCGCCAGCGACGCUAUGAAGAAAGACACUGCAACAAACAACCACCAAGGUAUGAAGCCCAAUAAAAUGAAGGAGAAUAUCAAAGCAACUGAUUCGCCGGUUAAAGCUGAGAAAAAUAAAAAAGACCAGGCUACUUUUAAUGUUUUAAAGGAAACUAAUGUUAAGGUUCCAAAGAAAAAUGAUAAUAAUCAUACUGAUAAUAAUAAUAGUAGUAGUAAGAGUAAUAAUAAUAAUGUUAGAUCAACGCCUAAGGUUUCUAAAGCUGAUCCGGUAACAAAAACAAAGCUGACAACUGAAAAUGUACCUCUGAAUGUGGAGACUAACGUGCCGUCACCGUCAGCAGCUAUUGAAAUUGAAGAAGAAAAAAAAGAAAGAGUAAUGAAAGAGAAAAAGGACGAGGCUAAUACAUUAUAUAAACAAAAAAAGUACAAAUUAGCUUUAUCUCAAUACACAAGACUUAUUGAACUUUGUCCAACAUCGGAAUUGAACUAUGGAAACCGAGCGGCUUGCUAUAUUAUGAUGGAACGGUAUGAAGAUGGUUUGGCUGAUGCAAAGAAAUCUGUUGAGUUGAACUCAACUUUUCUCAGAGGACAUGAAAGGGCAAUCAGAUGCUUAAUUGAGCUGGGUAAUAUCACCGAAGCCGGUACUUGGGUGAAAAAACUUGAAUCUAUUGAUGCAAAGAACGAGCGAUUAAGUGUCGAAAAAGAAAAAAUUAAUAAUACCACUCGAUACUUGAAUAAAAUUGAUAAGUUGUCUUCAGAAAAAAAAUAUGCUGAGGCUGUCAAGUACUUGGACAAAUUAAUAGCCGUAAGCUCGCAGUGUGUGAGUUAUAAACUGAAAAAAGCUGAAUUUUGGGUACAUUUGGAAAAAUAUAAAGAAGCUGAACCACUAAUCAAUGAUGUCCUUAAGCACAAUAAAUCAAAUCCUGAUGCUGUGUAUUUACUCGGCCGCUGUCUUUAUUAUUUGGAUACUGAGAAAUCUAUUUCACAAUUAAAGGAAGUUUUUCGCUUAGUACCCGAUCAUUCAGAAGGCUUAAAGUUAUACAAGAACGCUAAAGCACUGAUUGAUAAAAAAAAUGAAGGGAAUAACGCUUUCAUCCAUAGGAAAUACAAUAAAGCGCACAAAAUAUAUUCUGAGGCUUUGCGAAUCGAUCCGAGUAAUCAGAGGAUGAUGAUGAAGCUCUAUUACAAUCUAGCACAAGCUUCUUACAAGCUUGAUGAAAUUUCAAGAUCUACUGAAGAAUGUACCAAGGCUCUAACCAUAGAUCCAAAUUAUUAUAGAGCUUUGUUACGUAGAGGACAGAAUUACAUGGAAAAUGGCGAUUAUGAAGAAGCUGUCGCUGAUUUUACUAAAGCGGUAAUCACUGAAUCGAGCUCUGAAGCGCGUAGAUUAUUGGAUGAAGCCAAGAAAUUACUCACUAAAGCUAAGAACGAUUAUCAUGGAAUAUUAGGAGUUAAAAAAAACGCUUCCUUGGAUGAUAUUAAAAAAGCUUAUCAUGAAAAAGCUAAACUACAUCAUCCCGAUCGUCAUUCGAGUGGUUCUCUUGAAGAAAAAGUUAACAAUGAGAAGAAGUUCAAAGAAAUUACUCGGGCUUAUAGAUCGCUUACUAAUGGUUCUAUUCCUAAGAAAUAUAAGUCUGAUAGUGAUGCCGAUGACGACGACGAUGAUGAACCUUGGGAGUGCCCUUUCGAAGAACAUGUUAUGAAAUUUAUGUUUGCACAUAUGAACAGAAAGAGAUACCGUUUCUAUUAA